CAACAAUCAAAAGCAACUAUCAACGCGCGUGCCAACCAUCCAAUACAAAGAGGGUUUAACCCAACAGACUUACAUCUCAUACUCAAUUAACUCGUUUAGUCGAUCUUUCUAGUUGAUGCUUACUAGGUCUCAGCUACAUCAGCAUCACCAUGUCGACCACACCCGGCCCCAAAAACCGAGCCUCCAGCCCAACGGUGUUCGAGCAGCAACGGGCGGAAUUGGUGAGAGAGAUUGCGGGGGGCAUGGAGGAAGUUCUCCAGAACAUCAACCGGCUGAAUCGGAACUUAGAGAGUAUUAUCGCUGUGGGAAAUGAGUUCGGCUCCGUUGAGGCUCUGUGGUCGCAGUUCGAGAAUUUUAUGGGUCGGCCGGCGGACGAGACCGAGGCUCAGGACCAGCAAAAGGGUGGUCAGCAGGAGGAAGACCACAGUCAGCUGCAUGAGCAGGAGGUGGGAGAUGUCGAGGAUAGAUAAUCUAUCAAGUAUCUACAUUCAAGGCUGUCUGGGCUGGGUUUGGCGUACGUUAGAGGGGUCUUUCAUUGUUUAUCUCUACACUUUACUGCUAUCGGAAUCAGGAUACCAAAUGAGCAAUACAAAAUAAGGUUGGCAAAUUCAAUAAUC